UCGGAUAUUCGCAUUUCGCACAAAGUGUGAGGGAGAGAAUAGAGGGGAUGUGUUCAUACUUCAUGAUUCGGAUCAAGAGCGGGAGGAGAAACCUGGGCUGGAUGUUGGGUCAAAAGGCACCCAGUAUGAAAAUGUAUUGAUUUCUUCUUUGUCGUCUUUCUCGGACUUAGACUUGGAUUUCUCCAUCUGCAACCAUUCUUUCUAGGUCACAAUUUUCAUUUUCUUUCUCUUCAUCGAUAUUGGAUCAUUGCAGUGCCCGUUAUUCAAUUCUUGAAUUAUGGGGAAAGGAGGAGGCUGUGUUCCCAGCAAGAAAAAAUUACCCUCGGCGACAGCCGAUGAAGGCCCACCUAGCGCCAGGGACGCCCCCAUUCCGGCCCAGGACAACAGCCCCGAGGCCCCCGCAUUGGAUGUGGACGGCGUAGUCACUGAUCCAAUUGCCAAAUUGAAGAUAUUCGUCGUGUUCUAUUCCAUGUACGGCCACGUUGAAGGCUUGGCUCGGAGGAUGAAGAAGGGUGUGGAUGGGGUUGAUGGACUUGAGGGGCUUUUGUUUCGGGUUCCUGAGACGUUGCCAAUUGAGGUGUUGGAGCAGAUGAAGGCGCCGCCCAAGCCCGACGAUAUUCCGGAGAUAUCCGCGGCGGAGUUGACGACGGCUGAUGGGAUACUGUUUGGGUUUCCGACGAGGUAUGGAUGUAUGGCUGCUCAGAUGAAGGCUUUCUUUGAUUCAACGGGGCAGUUGUGGAAGGAGCAGCAGCUCGCCGGCAAGCCGGCGGGGUUCUUCGUGAGCACUGGGACUCAAGGAGGUGGCCAAGAAACCACUGCGUGGACCGCAAUCACCCAGUUAGCUCAUCAUGGAAUGCUGUUUGUUCCUAUUGGGUACACCUUUGGGGCUGGUAUGUUUAAGAUGGACUCCAUUCGCGGGGGUUCUCCAUAUGGGGCUGGAGUUUUUGCUGGUGAUGGCACAAGGCAACCAAGUGAAACAGAGCUGGCACUUGCAGAGCAUCAGGGCAAAUAUAUGGCUGCAGUGGUUAAAAGACUUGCCCAAGCUUGAUGGCAUUAUCCUGAUUUCAACCUUUUCUGGCCCAUUAAAUCUGCAGCUGUAUCUUUCCUCCCUUUAUUGAUUUAAAUAUAAUUGUUCUGUGAUUAGUCGUGGUAUUUCUCAUGUUUCAGUGAGACACAAUUUUUUUUUUCUUUUGGUGUCAGUUCCUUGCUCUUGUCCUACUCUGUUUAAAGAGCUGUAUUCUUCUGUCUGAUAUUAUUUAAAUAAUAAUGCGAGUUUGUGGGA